CUUGGUUAGAGUUAGUGCCGUAACAGCGAGUCCGGGCGUAAACCUCACAGUGAGGCUGAAGGCGCCACGAGACCAACAAACUCCAUGCAGAUAGCCUGCUGUAUUUGUUCAGAUUGCGGGCUGCUGUUAAAAAGGGCGGGGAAAGCCCUUCCAUCCUGUUUCCAAGAGAUCUUUCUUGGCCAGAUCUCUCUCCUGCAACAAACCAAGAACGCCUUUUGCACACACAAUUACAGCCACAGCGACAGCAGCUAUGUCGGAUAAUGACAAGCUCCCCGUCGCAAAGGGAGUAGAAGAGGCUCCUCCAUCAUAUGCUAGUAGCAGCGCGGCUGCCCCUCCAAACUAUGCAAACGAAAACCAAGCAACCGCGCCUGCGAACAAUGACAAGAGCGCACCAUCACAACCGCCUGCGAAUGGUAGCGCAGCGCCGCAGCUUGUUCAGCGCCAGCCUCGGCAACAAGAAGAGCGAGUCGAGGACGAAUUGUCGGCGGCGUUUUUCCGCCUAAAAAUUCCCGAUGUCACAGGCACUGUUCAUCCGGACGAGCAUAUGUGCAUUGCACACUUGAAGCUCCUGCACGCUAUUGAUGCGCUCAAGCAGGAUGUUGGGUAUACAGAUGGCCUCUUUGGGCUUUGGGACGCCAGCGCUCUCAAGGGCGUGGAUCUGUCGCUAGAGAAGCCUAACCAGGCGGCACAGGCCAAGAACGAGGAAGCCAGAAUGACACUCAGCAGGAUCCGCGAGAAGCGCUGGGCAUUGUACGUUGCGCGCGCCGUCGAUCGAUACGAGGCGUGGUGGAACUCGAUGCCGAUUGUCAUGUUGACGGAAGAGGCCAUGAAGGAAGAAGGAAGCUAUAGCUAUGAAAGCUUUGGUGUUGGUCCUUUACCGAGCUGGAAAAUCGAAGACUUGCCGCCUCUCGAUGUGUUGAUGGUCUGGCACACACAUUGCCUCAACCCCCGCGAUUACUUGGAAGACUGCAUCCGCCAUGGUCUUGAAGCAGUAUGGCACCAUGGAUUCCCGUGGAACCUGGUCAACAAUGCCAUUGACCGAGACUUCAACUAUAGUGUGGUAGCGCGGGUCAAGGAUGCCUGGGUUCUGAAUACAGGCCGACAAUGGCUAAAUGAAAACGACAGUUCGGAAAAGGCUGUUCCGUGCCCUUUCUGUAAGAAGGAGGUUAUGAUGCCGUGGACAACAUGUGACAAAACCCAAGAAUCCAAGGCUGAGCUUGAACUCAUCGGCGAAGGCUAUGGCGACAGCGGCUUUUCUAGACCGUGUGUGCACUGCUUUCGAGAAAUCACACACAAGAGCCUUCGACUCGGCAAGUUCAUCACAGACGCCGAGGCCUGCCUCAACAAUAAGGUAUGCAUGCCAGGCUCCGUGUUGAACGAGUUCGGCAUGCCGCAGCGUAUCAAUCUCGGCAGACGAACGACACCCGGACAAAAUACGCAUACAUUUCCAAACCGCCUAGUUGAGCGUGAUCUCGCCUCCAAAAUCUACCUGAUGCGACAAGAAGAAGACGGGUCUCUAGACAAGGUCCGCAAGACCAUCUCUGAUAUCUGCAGUAGCCAGGCACGCCUCAAGCACAUUGACGAAAUCCCCACGUCAUUUACUGGCAGGUAUCGAACACAGCGCAAGGCACUUAUUGCCGUGCGCAAGAUGAUGACGCGGUACUGGGAGAACUCGGGCAUGCAUGCUCUCGAUCUGUCCAGCGCCGUCAUGCGCCAGGGCAUCUUUAUCGAGAAGAUGGUCAAGAUUGACUGGCUGCACAGCCCUAAUGGACGCGACACCAUGGCCCAUCUCUUGAAAAAGUACGACCGGUUCCUGAAGCUCAUGAAGAGACAUCCCAACAAUGUGCUGGUACCUACGCUGGAUGUCGAUCUUGCAUGGCACACGCACCAACUGAAUUCACAGCAGUACUACAUUGAGACGACGAAGCUGUUUAAGCGAUUCUUGGACCACGAUGACAAGAUUGAGGAGAAUAAGCUGAACAAGGCGUUUGCUUUUACUACGCAGGUUUAUGAAGAAGUUUUUCAGGAAGAGUACAGCACAUGCACGUGCUGGUACUGCGAGACUGUCCGGUCGUCCAACAUGAGCCGUGUGGACCGCAUGUUCAACGGACCGAUGAAGAAGGCCUCCGACAACUUCCAUAACUCGGCACGCGCAAAGACGUGCGAUCCAGAACGAUCAGCGCACAUCUCUUCGCACAACUCGGUGCGUGUGAUGCCCACAGGCAAAGAGGCCAGCGUGUUUGCUGCCCUCCGCGCACGAGAGGAAGAAAAGAUGGAGAAGGAGUAUAAAAAGGCUGCGAAGCGCGCAGCCCGCAAGGGCCGAGAGCUGCCUCCACGCGACGAGUACUACUCGCACUGGGGCUACAACUACUACAUGUACGGCCCAUUCAUGUAUCCCAUGUACUUUGGUCCGGGGCUCUAUGCCGCAGGCGAUCCCUGCGACGUGAAUGUCGGUGGUAAUUGUGCAAAUGGCACAUGUGGUGGUUUUGGUAUCGGAAGCUGUGGAGGAAACAGCGGCAUGGGCGGCGAGUCGUCCACGGCAGCGUGUGCGAUGGGCGCGUGCGGCUAUACGGGUGGUGACAUUGGCUAUGCUGGCAACUUUGUAGGCGACACGUCUUAUUCCUCUUCGAAUGGCAUCUGCUUUGGAAGUUCCGGUGGAGGUGAUUCGGGCGGCGGCGGUGGUGGAUGUGGUGGUGGAGGAGGAUGUGGUGGAGGCGGAUGCGGAGGAGGAGGAGGCGGCUGUGGUGGUGGUGGCAGUUAG